ACGCUAUAGUUCCAAACUAAAAUGAACAUGAUUUGGAACGUUUCAAUAUGUGUUACAGCUUUAGUUGUUGUACUGAUCAGUAGAUGGUGGUACCGAUGGUCAAAUCCCAAGUGCAAUGGCAAGUUACCUCCGGGAACAAUGGGGCUUCCGAUCAUCGGAGAGACACUAGACUUCUUUAAGUCUUAUGGAUUCAACGAGACUUCACCCUUUAUCAGCAAGAGAAUGUCCAGGUAUGGGCCAAUAUUUCGGACCAACAUUUUUGGAUCCAACACCGUGGUAGUGACAGACCCUGAUGUAAUGGUCGAGGUUUUUCGACAAGAGAACACGGCUUUUGUAUUUAGCCUUCCGGAUGCGUUUGGCAUAGUAUUAGGAAAAGAUGAUGCUAUAGUCAAUCAUGGGAAGACCCACAAGCAUUUCAAACAAAUCACACUCAACUUUCUUGGCCCUGAGGGUUUAAAGAAGAAGUUGAUAGGAGGCAUGGACCGAGCAGCCUGCGAGGGUCUUAGAUCAAAGGCUAGCUUGGGGAGCUUCAAUCUUAAGGAGGCAGCUGAAAGCUUGAUAAUUAAGCACUUGAUUCCCAAGUUGAUAAGUAACCUCGGAGCAGAGGCUCAAGAAAAUCUGAUGGACAUCUUUAUGGCCUUCAAUCUUGAUUGGUAUCAGUCUUUCUUUAGUCUUUCUACCUGGAAAUCAUUGUAUAGAUCCUUUACGGCAAGCAGAGCCGUAAAGAAGGUGAUAAGUAAUGUUCUCUUAUCAAGGAAAGAAUCGGGAGAGAAGCAUGACGAUAUCCUCAACACGGUAAUGGAAGAUGAAGUUUUAGAUGACAAAUACGUUAUCUUCCAAACCUACGUUAUUCCGAUCGCCGCUAAAGAUACUACUUCUGUGAUGAUUUCCAUGGCAGUAAAAUACAUUACAAGUAACCCUAAAGUUUACUUAGAGUUGAAGAGAGAGCAUAAUGCUAUCCUUCAAAACAGAGUUGAUAAGAACUCUGGAGUGAGUUGGGAAGAGUACAAAAACAACAUGAGUUUCACCAAAAUGGUGAUUAAUGAGACUCUUAGGCUGGUAAAUAUGGCUCCUGUAAUGUUUAGAAAGACUUUGGUAGAUGUUACAAUUCAAGGAUAUACGAUUCCAAAGGGUUGGAUGGUGUUUCUUGCAACUUCAUUAUUGCAUUAUGAUCCUGCGAUAUAUGAGAACCCUUUAGAGUUUAAUCCUUGGAGAUGGGAGGGCAAAGAUGUGGUUAAUUUUUCUAAGUCAUUCAUGGUAUUUGGAGGUGGAAUGAGACUGUGUCCUGGUGCAGAAUUUGCAAGGCUUCAGGUUGCAGUUGUUCUUCACCAUCUUGUUACUAACUACGAUUUCACAAUGGCUCAAGAUAGCGAGGCUACUCGUACACCACUAGUUUCUUUUCCCAAUGGCAUGCACAUGAGCAUCUCUCCCAUCAACUAAUUUGGAGAUCUUAAUGCUAUCUAAAUGAAAUACGUCUAUAUUUAAGUAUUCAUGAUACUUUUAAGUUUCAUUUUCACAUUGAGUAUAACUCAAUUUCUAUCCAAAAGUAAUCAAGAUUUGUUUAAAGUUAAAUGAAA